GAGAGAGAGCGAGCAGGACAGUGAACGUAGCUGCGCAUCGCAGUCGGUUUUGCAGGCGCGGCGCGAUAGGUGGUUCGUAGGUGGUUCGCACGAUCCCUGGUACCUGGGGAUCGUCCGUGCUCGCACGACAGCUCGAUUGCCUAUCCAAAGUAGGCUCCUCCGUCCCGAGGCGCAAUCCCGCGCGCGCGUACACCUGCACGUACGAACGAGCGAACACACGCACGCGAUGGCGUCCACGAAGAGGAAGCAAGACGAGAGGAACCUGAAGACGCUCCGUGAAUUGGUCUCGCAGCCGGGCAACAAGGAAUGCUUCGACUGCAACCAGCGCGGGCCGACUUACGUCAACAUGACGAUCGGCUCGUUCGUCUGCACUUCUUGCUCUGGUAUGCUACGAGGUCUGACUCCACCACACAGGGUAAAGUCUAUAUCCAUGGCGACGUUCACUCAAGACGAGAUAGACUUCAUAAAGGAGCACGGCAACGAAUAUUGCAGGCGAAUAUGGCUCGGCCUCAUGAAUGCCAACUCCCCGCAGAAUUUCGACACUAAGGAUGAGCAGAAGAUGAAGGACCUGAUGAGCGCUAAAUACGAACUGAAGAGAUACUACCUGGAUCCGUCGAUCGCUAAUCAGAACACAGUCGCACAACCGAAGUCGCAGUCAACGAGCAACAUUCCAAGGGUACCGAAUUCGAGCACGUCCACGACGCUGCCCACGCCGGUCAGUCAAAAGUCGGAAUCGGCAAGUAACGCGAACAACUUCUCGACGGACUUCGUUGCCGACUUCAGUAAAGUUCCUGAUCCCUUCUGCCCGGCGACGACAGCGCCGGCGGGCCAGUUCGGCCAGCAGCCGAUCGCGCCACAACCGUUCUUCGCAAACUUUGACAAUAAUCCGGUCUUCAACAAUGCAAAGAGUAUGGAAACGUCCGCACUGUUUAAUCAGGUCGGUGGAAAUGGCACGAUGAAUAUGAAUAGAGCACAUGCGCCACCGUCGGAGGAUCGUUACGCGGCACUCAAAGACUUAGACUCGCUGAUGAAGCAAACGCAAUUGAAGGAAGAGCCUACUAGCACAUUAUCCGCGUCUACAUGGAAUGCAAAUAAUUCGAACGCACCAAACGCUACGUGGAGUAUAGGAGUGAAUAAUCAAACGCACGUCAUCUCAAAUCCGUUUACGGGUGAUUUAUGGCGGCCGUCUGCAAACGUGAUCAACAAUAAUACUCAAUCCGUCGAUAGCUCUCUGUAUAAUCCCGCGAAUCCGUUCAAACCCCAAUUUCCUGUAAAUAACGAUUCACAAUGGAUAGGUAUCGGUGCAUCUAGUAAUGGAGAUGUACUCCAAUUGAGUCAACUCAUGACGCCAUUAGCGAACAAAGUAUGGCAACCGACGGUACCAGCAUAUCACGCAAAUCCAUUUAUGGUAGGCACAGGAGUGAGUAACAUGACAAGAAAUUCGAACAAUCCCUUCUUAUGAUUAUGUACACGUAAGAUUUUAAUGGAGUUACGAACAAAUAAUGCGAAUUAAAAUAUAUUUAGAUUAGGCAAAUUGUUAUAUACGUGAUCUUAUUGGCAAUUAGUGCCAUUAACUUUUAUCCAGGAGAGCACCAAUCUCAUAUCUAUAAAUGAAAAGAAAUAAUACUUUUAUUUAUGAAUAUAGUAUACACGUUAAUAAAGAUUAAUAUUUGUUACUAAUCAUGAAUAUUACUUGGCAAUACUUCCAAUUUUUUUUUUGCGAUGCAGAUUUUUAAGAUUUUCGAUAUUUUAUUUAUUCAAAGAAUGUAUUUUAAAAAAUAAUUCUGCGAUACAGCAGUGUUUAAAUAAAAAUGAAAUGCUUUAUCUAUGCAGCAGCAAUUUUAAACAUGUAUGUAUCUGUAUUACAAUUAUUAUUGAAACAGACAAAGGAAAUAAGUCGAGAGAACAUAUUAUGUCUUAUGCACACUUAAAUACAGUUUAUUUACUUAAAAACUUCUAAUAUAAAUACAAAAUCACAAA